AUGAGUAUAUCGAAAGGGUCUGUGGCUGUGCUCUGCGCCGCCAGCGCAGUCGUUGGAGCGACAGCAGCAGCAGCAGUGCUGCUGCUCUGCAACCGCCACCAGCAGCAGCAGCAACAGCAGCAACAGCAGCAGCAACAGCAGCAGCAGCAGCAGCAGGAAAUAUCUGAGAGCUGCCCUGGCCCUGAGAGCGAAAACGCUGGCCUUGCUGCGGGUUGCGCGGGCUGCCCUGGCCGCAGCCUCUGCUUAGCAGCGAAAGGCAACAAUGCAGCAGCAGCAGCAGCAGCAGCAGCAUCAGGAGCGGGGGAGCCAGCAGCAGCAGCAGCAGCAAAGGAGUCACCGCAGCAGCAGAAGAGUCCUGAGAUAGCAGAGAAGCUAAAAAACGUAAAAAACAAAAUAAUUGUUUUAUCGGGCAAAGGAGGCGUUGGUAAAUCCACCGUCGCCUCUCAACUAGGGUGGACUCUGAACAGCUUGGGUUAUUCGGUGGGUUUGUGCGACAUGGAUCUGUGCGGGCCUUCGCUGCCGCUGAUGCUGCAGCAGCAAAACACAGAUGUAUAUCAAAGUGCUGAGGGCUGGGAACCCGCAUUCGUCCGUCCUGAUCUCUGCCUCAUCUCCAUCGGGUUUUUGCUGCCUGAGGGGGACAGCGCGGUGGUGUGGCGGGGCCCUAAGAAGCAUCUGCUCAUCAAAGCCUUUCUUAACAACGUCAACUGGGGGGCCCUCGACUUCCUUAUUGUAGAUACACCUCCAGGGACGUCUGACGAGCACAUUUCGCUGUCUUCGCUGCUGGAGGCCAACGGCGCGGUGGUUGUGACAACCCCUCAAGAGGCAGCACUGCAAGAUGUCCGCAAACAAAUCAACUUCUGCCGCAAGGUGAAUUUGCCGGUGUUGGGGGUCGUUGAGAAUAUGACGGAGUCUCUCUUCGCUGAAGGGCCUCACAAGGGGGGAGCUCAGCAAAUGUGCGAAGAUAUGAAUGUCCCCUUCGCAGGGAGAAUACCCCUAGAGAAGCAGGAUUUGGUGCUGCGCACCGUCAAGGGCCUCCAGACGACGCAGCAGCGGCGCCUCAACGAGCUGGCGGUGCCCCAGGCGUUCAAAGCUGCAGCAGCAGCAGCAACAGCAGCAGCAACCAGGGAUGCAGCAGCAAGAAGUGCUGCAGCGGCAACAACAGGGCUCUACCAGCAACAGCCGCAGCACCAGCAGCAGUAG